CAAUUCUGAAUCAAAUUGCUCAAUUAUAAGCUGUGUCGCCUAAUGAAAAACAUUGGACUGAGAAAAGUAAAGAAAGGAUUUAAUAUCAAAUAUAAUAAAAUGGCUACGAUACCGAAGUGCGGCGGCUGCCACGAGCUGAUCUUGGACCGAUUCAUCCUGAAGGUGCUGGAGCGAACGUGGCACGCCAAGUGUCUCCAGUGCAGCGAGUGCCACGGUCAACUCAACGAUAAAUGCUUCGCCCGCAACGGUCAACUUUUCUGCAAGGAGGACUUUUUCAAGUCUAACAGACGGUACGGUACAAAGUGUUCCGCUUGUGAUAUGGGCAUACCGCCAACCCAGGUGGUGCGCCGGGCCCAGGACAACGUCUAUCAUCUGCAGUGCUUCCUGUGCGCGAUGUGCUCCCGCACUCUCAACACGGGCGACGAGUUCUAUCUGAUGGAGGACCGCAAGCUCAUCUGCAAGCGCGACUACGAGGAGGCCAAGGCAAAGGGUCUCUACUUGGAUGGCUCGCUGGACGGCGAUCAGCCGAACAAGCGUCCGCGAACCACAAUCACCGCCAAGCAGCUGGAGACCCUGAAGACCGCCUACAACAAUAGCCCCAAGCCCGCCCGACACGUUCGGGAGCAGCUUUCACAGGACACUGGCCUAGAUAUGCGGGUGGUCCAGGUCUGGUUCCAAAACAGGCGGGCCAAGGAGAAACGACUGAAAAAGGAUGCGGGACGCACCCGAUGGAGUCAGUACUUCCGCUCCAUGAAGGGGAACUGUUCGCCACGCACUGACAAAUUCCUCGACAAGGAUGAACUGAAGGUCGAUUAUGACAGCUUCAGUCAUCAUGAUCUAAGCAACGACAGCUACAGCACCGUCAAUUUGGGCCUGGAUGAAGGCGCCUCACCGCACAGCAUUCGCGGCUCCUACAUGCAUGGCAGCUCUAGUCCGUCUCAGUACCCGCCGAGCAGUCGCUCGCCGCCGCCAGUUGGCCAGAGCCAUACCUUUGGAUCGUACCCAGACAAUAUUGUGUACACCAAUAUAGAUCAUGCGACGGGCUCUACUCUGCACGCCAGCAAGUCACAUCACCGCCUGCACAGUAGCAACAAUGUUUCGGACCUGAGCAACGACUCAAGCCCCGAAGAGGGCUAUCCUGACUUUCCGCCGAGCCCCGAUUCCUGGCUUGGCGACUCGGCAAGUACCAACAACACCAGCAACAACAACAACAACAACAGCAAUAACAACGGUGGCAGCGGCAGUGGUGGAGCCAGUGCGAAUGUCAGCAAUGUCACCACGGCAAACCCCGGCACGCCAAGCGUACAUUACUGAUACUCAAAUCUGCUUUUGCGUUAUUUUGAGAUGCAGUCUCGCAGUCUUAUUCUCUCUGCCCAGCAACAACAACAGAAGCUUUAGCAGCGCCAUGUUGAAAGCUCUGAGUAACAGCGACAGCGAAGCUAAGUUGUUAACGGGAAUAAGUCAGGAGAUGUGGCAACGCGGCGGAUCUAAAACUGUAGAUUUCAAGUUAAUGCCAUUUGGGUGCGUCUCGUCUCCAUUAUAACCAAUUCGUGAUUAGCGAAAAAAUCCUCAUCAAAAUCAACUAGUUCAAAAAUUAGCAAAAACAAAAAACAUCUCUCAACUUUUUGGGUACGCAGGAUCUACAGAGGCCAUCUUUUGAUGGGGUGCGAGUCGCGCCCACAUGGCAUUACCCUUAAAGCCUUAUUUGUGUUUAGAUAAACAAAAACCCUUACACAAUUUGCUCAAAAUAAUUUAUUUCCUUUACUUGGUCAUCUACGUCGGUGGAUUGAAAACAGAUUACGUAUUUGUACCUACUUUAAAGCUUAAUUGAUUGCAUCACUUCCUGGAACAGCCGCUCUAUCAUUUACCAUUGAAACCCUUCCCUGAUAUUUUACUGUAAAUAAUGUAUAUUUGUGUAUAGUGAAUGAACUCUAAAACUGAAUUUUAAAUUAAAUUAAGUCUGUAUAGCGUCAAACAAAUGCGGGGUAGUAGAGCAAAAUAUGCAUGCAUACAUAUGCUAGGCUCGAGCCCAAAACAAGUUAUUUAUUGCUUUAUAUAGGAAUACAACCAAAUUGCAUAGGAGAAAUAUCAAUUACGAAAACGUGAUGUCGUAUUUAUAUCUAAUGAAAACCCAAAAACCAAAAAUAUUUAAACAGCAUAGAAAUGUCAGUAAGGAAGCAACUAAGUAAAAAAAUGAUAAAAUGAAUGCGAUGAAAUAAAUUACUAUUUGACACAUAAGAAUA